AUGUCAAAGUACACCGGCGCCGAGCAGGAGGUGGAGGUGACAAUUCAGCAGCCCGACCUUCCAGGAUCCGCCCUGACUUACAAAAAACUCCUCGAACAACAAGAUGAAAUUCAAAAGGAUUUAGAGAAACUGGCCAACUUGAUUAACAUGUCGAAACGGCGCUCCAGUAGACCGUUUUCCCUAAACUCAUUUCCAGCCCAGUUAUUUCGUGUGGAUGACUCAGAGGAAAAUUCAAUUUUGAGUCUGUCAUUUCCCCUGGAACAGCAGAGUGGAAAGGGUCGCUGGCUGAUAAGGAACAAUAAUGCGCAAUUAAAACACAUGAAACCAGCCUUAUUUGGCAAUUUGGACUGUCUGGCAAAUCAGGCGUUGAAAUUUGAGUGUGGAAAACAGAUGGAAAAUAAUAACACCACGCCCACGGCAAAGUAUAUACGUAUACAGGCGGAUAGUACUACUGGCGAGCCAAUGAUUUCCAUCUUCGAUGAAUGCGGCCAAUCACAGGUUGCGUGUGCUUACUUGACGAAGGAUUUUAAAUUGGACAUCGACUUUAAACUCUGGGACCGCAAUGGGAGCAUUGUGCCAAUGACCACGAGUGCAGAGUCGAGACGAUCGUCUGGCGGGUGUUACUGUCCUCCGAGCCUCUCUAACCGUGCUUCCUCCUCAAAACCCUGUCUUUCACCGUCCUGUCCUAAGCUGAACCCAUCGCAGUAUUCCAAUCAGCGCUAUUCGAGACAAGUAUCGCCGCCUCACGGCGUCACAAUCUGCCCGAAUCCUCACGCCGCCCCUAUUCCAAAACCCAAUCCUUCGAUGUCGUUGAAAUCUUCUCCACAACCUCCGCCGCCUCCACCAGCAAAUAUAAGCUCAUCUCCGCCUAACUCCACGCCCGGUCCUACGAUGCAAUCGGGCUAUUCCCGUCCGCCACCCGGUCCAAUCCCCAAUCCCCUCUCGGAAGUUCCAGAGCCCAAAUUGACAGGGUUCAACAACUGGCAUAUUUGGCGCAUCAGCAACUUUGCCGAGCUGGAGGAAUGCAACGGUGGGGAGUGGUGUGAACCCUUCUAUCUCGGGCAGCCGGGCUACCGAAUGCAGGCGAAGCUGGAAUUCACCACCUACCUCUUCGGCAUCUACAUCAAACUUGUCUCCGGUGAUUACGAUGACUGUCUGACGUGGCCUUUCGACUCAGACAUCUACUUCUCCAUAUUGGACCAGACUGGCGCGGGUAAUCACAUCGUCCGAGUUCUGAGGCCUUACCUCAACGACGAAGACGAGAAAGAGGUUUGGCAAAGGCCGACGGCCGAGAACAGCGAUCAGAUUGGCUGGGGCCUGCCCGAUAUCGGUUUGCGAUCAUUGAUCCACUCAAAGAUAUAUAAACCCUCGCCUUACAUGCGAAACGGGACGCUGUACAUUCAGAUUACCCUGGGCAAAGCUAUCUGCCCUCAAGAAGCCGUGUGA